GAGGUCGGUCCGUCCAUUUAAAAGAAGCUGCUCCAAGUGGAACCGGUAGCAGUUUCUGGCGAACAGGUGCCCAAUUCUCAAUCCUGGCGAAAGUGCGAAGUGCGAUGAAGUUGUGGGUUUGUUUGCUCGCCUUCGUGGCAGUUGUGAAUUCGGUUCCCAGCAAGAGCUAUUUCUACGGCUCCGAUAGUGAAGAAUAUGUUUACCAUUACAAAUUGGAUGUGAGAACCGGAGUUGUCGAGACCAGCACAGGAUCUCAGUACGAAGUGAAAGCCGAUAUUCAUGUCAGACCAGAUACUUCUGGAAAUGGCACAUUUGUUUAUUUGGUCGAUCCCAUGGUUUACGUGUACACCGGACCAUUGUAUCCCAUUGGUGAAAUUCAUGGCAAGGAACCUCAUCCGAAAACUUUUGUUCCCAUAGUAAAGGAAGCUGAAGUUUUCAAACUACCGUUCUACGUCACUUACGAUAAGUAUGGAAUGGUCCAUGAAGUUUUUACUACGCCCGAUGACACGCAGUGGAGUAUCAAUAUCAAGAAAGGAAUUGCAGCAUCUCUUCAGCUUCCUUCGGAUAAAGUUCCAACAUCCAAAUACGUAAAACCUGUGGUGUUUUCGUUUGUAGAAGAGAGUGUGUACGGCAAAGUUAAUGUGACUUACGAUGUUGUUACCGAUGAUGAGCAUAUUGUCGUGAAGAAGACGCCAGACUUUGUCAGCUUCGAGCACAUGCCGUACUAUCACUACAGUAAUGUAGAAGUAGAAGAAGUUCACGAUCAUUUUUCAGUUUGGAACGCAACGUAUCCGGAAAGCACCUAUUUCCUAGUAAGCAAAAAAGAUGGCUUCAAGGCACAUAAAUUCUACACCAUUAGCACUAAGACUGUGCAACCAUCAAUGACCGAAGGACAGACGCAAUUCGUUUCCAGUCACCAGUCUUUUGAGUACGCUACAGUUGUUUCACCAACUCCGAUGGAUUUUGCCAAAUUCGUUGUCUACAACCCAGUUGAGUACGUUUCUUUGAACAUGGAAUACAACUCAUAUUUCCCAUGCCUGUCAGUGUUCCCGCAUAUUGUUGAUGUAUCCGUUUAUGCACCGAAAAUCCUGGCUAUGCUUUACGAAGCCGUUGAAUACCUUCAGGAAAAUCCCAUCACUAAAACGGAAACCGAUACUAAGCACGGAUUGACAGUAACUCGCAUAGUCGAAACCUUCAAGCCGUUCAGCGUUGAAAAUUAUGAACAUUUCUACACUUAUAUCACCAAAAACACGACUCCCAAAGAUUUGGCUGCUCUUGACGUCUUCUACAAAGUACUACCAAUGGUAGGAACGAAGAAUUCUGCUGUCUUCAUUAAAAGUGUCAUCAAGGCCCAUAAGGUUAAGGAUUUCGUUGCCUCAGUAAUGCUAUUCUCUCUGGGACUCAACGUACGUGUUCCCACUGUGGAAUUGUUGAAGGAGUUGGAAGAUUUCUACCACUUCGAAGAUGACGUGAAACCGGAAGUUGCUCACGCUGCCAUACUUACCUUCGGCUCACUGGUGUACAAAACUUUCGUUCAUGAUGUCCAUUCCGCCGAGCUGCAGAAAUAUGUUAAGGUUUAUUACAAAAAAUUCAAAGAAUCGAAAUCGUUCGAGGAACAAUUGGUAUGGAUGCAUGGCCUUAUGAACAUCCAGGUUGGAUCCGUCUAUGAGUUAAUUGCUCCAAUUGUAAAAGGAGAACAAGUUCUGGAGCUUCCGUUUGAUCGUCAUCUGCGUGUGCAUGCCAUCUACUCACUGGAAAAGAUUCUAUCGCACGACUACGAUCUACUGUUUGAAACGAUUUAUCCAGUAUUUGUUAACGAAACUCUUACAACCGAACUACGCGUAGCCGCAUUGAAGGUGCUGCUGUCCACUAAACAUGUUAAGUACUUCGGAAAGCUUGCAUCACACAUGAAAACUGAGAAAAAUCCACAAGUUUAUUCAUUUUUCUUUACCACCGUCGAAUCUAUGGUCGAAUCAACUAUUCACCAUGAUGAAGAUUUCUACUAUUAUGUCAAGCAAAUGUUUAAAUUUUUCAAGCACUACGAUAGCUCAGUGGAAACCAAAGCCUUCUAUUACGAUUACGUCGAUAAGAAACAUUUCUACGGAGCCUCCAUCUAUGGUAACCUAGUAGCCGAUGAUAAACACAACAAAGUCAACCAAUUCUUCAUCAACUUCAGUCCGUACGUCAUGGAUCGUUCAGUUGAUCUUUACUCCGUGUAUGUCAAGUUCGAAGGAAUAGAAAACCCGCUCACCAUGCUUUGGCCCAAAUUGUUCAAUGUUGAACCUAAGACUGUCAAGGAACCAAUCUUCAAACAACACGAAAAAGAAACUGUACACGUAGAAUUCACUCUGGUUGCGAACGGAAAGGUCGUUUACACCAAAUAUUUCGACGAGGAAUCAAUCAAACAAUUCUACACGCAUACUUAUCUAUCGAUUCUUACUACAAUGAAAUAUCAAUUCACAUCUAUCAUGAAUCUGGCUGACGUUGAAGUUUAUUCCCCGACCUUGGAUGGAGUGCAAACCAAGGUUGACUUCGAGCUACCUCUGGUGUCUCAGUUCAAGUAUGACGUUGUCACACCCACAAGCAAAAAUGCCAACGAAGUCACUUUUUCAGUACACAGCUUCUUCCGCUUAUGGAUGCACGGUUUCCAUGGAAUCUCCGUUUAUAAUCCAUUCGGCGUCACCUGGCAUGGCUCUCGAAGAGUUUAUGCAUUCGACUUUACCGUUCCGUUCAACUUUGAUGUUGUUUUCAACUUCCAACAGAACUCGUUUAAGUUUGUUUGGACCAAGAGUACAAACGAAGUCCAUAAUGUUGUUGGAUUCAAAACUCACGUCAAGACACAAGUUUAUGCCAAACCAGACACUGAAGUAGACUUUAUGAAGAGCACUUGCCCCGAAUGUCUUCACUACCUGACUACAUUCGUUGCUCCAGUAAACAAGAAGAAAGAUCUCGUAAUCUAUGAGACCCACUCCAAAACAUCCGGACUUCACUUCUACCUGUCUGUUUACGAUAUUGAAGUUUUGCCUCAUGUGAAACACUUCAAAACGCUCUCCGAUCUUUUCACAAACGAUAUUUUCUAUGAGCUCCCCAAUACGUCAUUCUUCAAAUUCAUGAUGACCUACUACACCUGGUUCUAUACACAUUUCUUCCCCCCUCAAUAUUCAAGCUACGGAGUUGUAGGCUUCGUUGAUCCCUGUAAAGUAUACCCCUUCCAUAAGGCUGAAUUUACGUUUAAGGUCAACACUGAAGCCAUAACCCAUGAAAUGUGGGCGACUCCAAACUACCACCAAUACGUCAAAGUAUCGGCGGUUUUCAAAAACGAAAGCGAAGUCGAAGUUAAUCACUGGGACGUGAAUGUGCAUUUUACUCAUGAAUACGGAAUUUACUUCAAAACUUUCAACGUCUACGUUACCCAUAAAACUCCUGGAGAGAAAAACAUGAACAUUUGCUUCGACUACACCAAGAACGUUCAUGCCGAUUCGGUAGAUGGAAAGUUCACAUAUUCUCAUGGUUACUCCUACGAUCACAAGUGUGUUAAGGAUGAAAUGGUUGUGUCAGCACAAUUCACCGGCAGCUACUCCGAUGCACAGAAGAACUUCACUAAGAGCCCCGUUUACUCGUACAAAGAAUGUGUCAAACAUUACGUCGAUAGCCAUACUCCCAUUCCCAUGACGUACGACUGCGCUGAUGCACACACAACCGUUCGGAAGUAUGUCUACACCGUGGAUUAUGAACACGUGCUUCCGGUGUACCUGAGCUUUGUCAAACCGUUCUGGUUCUGGAUUCAGCAGGUUUUCCCUGUCUAUUACGAUGCGGAUGCCCAUCAUCAUGUACCAACUGGCAGUUUCGUCGUCGAUGUUGAGUAUCCAAUGUGGUGGGAAGAACACUCCGUUGUGGAUAUGGUUGUCACUUCUCCGGAAGAAAGCUUUGUCUUCGAACACGUUCCCUAUUACGAUUGGUUCUGGUCGUUCCAACCGGAUAGCGUUCUUUUCACGAGAUAUUUCGAUUUCAUGAAAACUGUCGGAUACACAACCGAGUGUGUGGUGAAUCCGGCUUUCAACUACACCGGAUACCACUACGAUGUCAGCAAGACGCCUGUUUACAGCGAAUGGACUCUUUACGCAGCGGAUCAUCCGAGCAGCUACAGCUGGGCUGUCUACGUUCAGAAAACUGAGAAGAACUACGUCGCUCUCAAAUUCGUCAUUAAUGGUCACGAAGUAGUAGUCCAGCCCAUUGUUGAGAAGUCCGUCGAGUACACCGGAGUCACCAAAUACACCUUCACAGUUGACAGCCAAAUCCUGGAGGUCAUGAAUGAUGUGGUCGUUCCGGGUGUGUAUCCAUUCAAGUACUUCCAGGUAGACAACAGUGUGGUUUUCGUUGUUCCAAGUGUAUCGCUAUAUGUGGUGUACGAUGGACACCAAGUCGUUUUCGAAACGGUGAAAAUGGACCACACUCACUACUAUGGACAGUGUUUCGCUUAGGAAGCAACAGGCUGAUGUGAAGCAAAAUAUAAACCAAAGUAAAUUGUUA